AUGAUUGAUGCUCGCGAACGCAGACACUUUGAGCUGGUCAUGCUCAUUGCGCAGGGCGGUCACCAAUGCGGCGAUCUUGUCCAAGCGGUAAUGGAUUUAUACCAGAGGAUCAACAAGAUCUUCGAUGUCGAAGGAUCGGGAAACGCAGGUAGCAAUGUCCGUUUCAACAGCAAGCACGUUCAACAAGAACUGCAACGACUGGACGCGGUGCUUGCGGACCUUGUCCAAACGGAGAAGAGUCUCAUCACAAUCAGCAGUCCAGAGAACGGUGCCAAGUUAAUGCAAGCAAUCCAGUCCGUCAACAAGCAACUGUUCACAUGUGACAUCUUGGAGAACGUGGCAAACGCCUUGGAAGCUCACCUCCGCCUUGAAGAGCAACAGGACGAGGUCCACAAGCGCCGCAGUGAAAGGCAGGCGAUGGUGUGGGUGGCGGAAGCCGAGAUGAAUUCCCUUAAAGCUCGCGCGCAACAUGCUGAAGAGCAACGCAGCACGGCCAAGCGCAGCUACAUGGGCAUUAGUAGAACCACUUCACUAGCCAUUGGUUUGGUUCUAAUAGUGCUGCUAAAUGUGCAUUGCCUGAAGGUCUUAUUGCUGUUGUUCAAAAUUUGUGGCAGCUCAAGGAAAUCUCCAGGCAAAGCAAGAAAAGCUGGAGCAGCUGAAGUUGAAGGAGUACAUCUCGAGGGAUGA